UUUUGACUUCUGACAAAGACUCUUAUUCAAAAAUAUCCCGUUUUAUUGGAGUAGACAUGUAAUCAUAGCGCCUAUUCGUCUCUUUCGACAACGAUUCUCUGCCUUCCAAUUCCCACGCGCUUCCCGUCCACGCAACCCCACCACCCGAUGCGUGUCCUCCCCAGCUCGUGGCACCCUGAUCUACCAUGUCGCCUCAACAACCAGAUUUUCGUCAUUUUCAUAGAUUGAUUAAAAAUAAAAAAUGCUUAAAAAAAAAAAAGAAGUCGAUUGACUAGUCGCCACCUAAUCUUUGAAUCUGAGCCCGACCUCACCGUCGAUUUCGUCCCUUUUUCAUCAACUAAUCCAACCACCAAUCUAACCAAAUCAUCUGGAAUUAGGUCUUUUAUUGUUAUGGAACAAGUUUCUUCUCCUCCAACGCAGACGUCGCCUGGCUCUCGUUGGUCUGAGGAUCCAGAAAUGGACGUGCAUCUUCCGGUGACCGAAGCUGACCCGGCUUCCUCCUUUUGGGACUGGGGCGAUCUCCUGGACUUCACCGUAGACGAUCACUUCUCCAUCUUCUUUGAGGACGAAAACUUAUCUCCUUCUCCGUUGGAAGCUCCAGUUCCAGCUCCAGCACCGGAUCCGGAUCUGGAUCCGGAUCCAGUUCCCGGGUCCGAUCGUGUCAGGAAGCGAGAUCCGAGGAUGAUUUGUUCAAAUUUUCUAGCUAGCCGGGUCCCGUGCGCGUGCCCCGAGAUUGACGCGCAAAUCGAGAAGCUUGAAGAGGAAGAGGCGGGGGUUCCAGGAAAGAAGCGAGCCCGAACUGGGCGGAUCGGGUUAGGGACGUACAGAUGCCAAGUUCCGGGUUGCGAAGCGGAUAUCAGCGAGCUUAAAGGUUACCAUAGGAGGCAUAGGGUUUGUCUCGGAUGCGCGAACUCGAGCACCGUUUUGAUCGAUGGAGAAACCAAGAGAUAUUGUCAGCAGUGUGGCAAGUUUCACCUGCUCUCGGAUUUUGAUGAAGGUAAAAGGAGUUGUCGAAGGAAACUAGAGCGGCACAACAAUAGACGGCGAAGGAAGCCUGUUGGUUCUAAGACUACAGUCAACAAGGAAUCUCAAGGGGCUGUGCAAAGUGAAGACAUUGCUUGUGAUGGUGAAGCAGGAAAAGAUGAUUUAAGCUUGAGUGGCCCGAUGGCUGAAGAAGAACCAGCCUUUGAGUCUGAAGACAGGCUUGUUUCUGCUCAUUGCUCAGCUCCCAUGUUGCAGAGUGUCAAUAAUAAUAGUGUUGUAGCUCUUAUUGAGACUGAAAUGGAUGGAGGGAAAGAUGACUCCAAGUUUUCAAUUUCUACUUCUUACUGUGACAAUAAGACUUCUUACUCAUCCAUGUGCCCUACAGGCAGGAUCUCAUUCAAGCUUUAUGAUUGGAAUCCGGCAGAAUUCCCAAGAAGACUUCGGCACCAAAUUUUUCAAUGGUUGGCCAAUAUGCCUGUUGAGUUGGAAGGCUAUGUACGCCCUGGUUGCACAAUCUUGACUGUUUUUAUUUCAAUGCCAAUGAAUAUUUGGAUGAAGUUAUCUGAAAAUCCAAUGACCUACAUGCAUGACUUUGUCUUUACACCUGGAAGGAUGCUAUAUGGGAGAGGCUUCAUGACUAUUUAUCUUAACAACAUGAUUUUCCGUACCAGGAAAGAUGGAACUUCUAUGGUGAAAAUUGAUGUGGAGGUGCAGGCCCCGAGACUUCAUUAUGUUCAUCCUGCUUGCUUUGAGGCUGGCAAGCCAAUGGAGUUUGUUGCUUGCGGAAGCAAUUUGCUGCAGCCCAAAUUUCAGUUUCUAGUAUCUUUUGCUGGAAGGUAUCUGCCGUAUGAUUAUUGUGUUGCAACCACACAUGUUCAGAGUAAAGAGGAUUUUCCGAGUUGUGAUCAUCGAUUAUACAAAAUUUGUGUCCCUCAAACUGAACCAGAUCUUUUUGGUCCCGCAUUCAUUGAGGUUGAGAAUCAGUCUGGUUUAUCAAAUUUUAUUCCUGUCCUAAUUGGAGACAAGGAAGUUUGUUCUGAGAUGAAGUCAAUACGGCAGAGGUUUGAUGCAUCUCUUUCUCAAGAAGAAUCAAAAUUUUCUCCCAAUGGAUCAUUGCUAGAGGCAUGUGAAGUGUCUACUUUGCGACAAAGAGCUUAUUCUGAACUUGUUUUAGAUAUAGCGUGGUUAUUGAGGGAGCCUAAAUUGGAGAAUUUUCGAGAAAUUAUGGCCUCUUCUCAAAUUCAAAGAUUCAAUUGUUUAUUGAGUUUUCUCAUACAAAGUGAAUCAACAGUCAUUUUGAAAAAAGUACUACCAAAUCUGAAGAUUGUGGUGGAGACAACUGGGUUUAACGGAACUAAUGAUUCUGAUAUAAGGUUAUUACAGAAAUAUAUGGAUUAUGCUAGAGAUUUCCUUGGUAACAAACUUCAAAAAGGUGAAAGUCCUGUGCUUCUUUCAGAGUACAUCAAACAAGAAAGAAAUUGGUAUUCUCCAAGCAGCUUCAAAAAGGAUGAGCUAUCAGUUGUUCCAAAUGUUUCCCAGGAUUUGGAGGAAAGAACUAAUGGUAAAUUAGGAGCAACGAUGGCAUCUACGAGUUUCACUAGAUGCGAGACUGUUCCGCUUUUAAACAAAGAUAUUAUCAUGAAUGUGAACCUCGGCAAGGAAUGGCCGCGAAAAUCUUGUAGUUCCAUUUUCGCUACCACAGCAUUGAGAUCUCGUCCCGCUGUAUUUCUAAUUGCUACUGCUGCUAUUUGCUUAGGGAUAUGUGCAGUCGUUUUCCACCCUAAUAAAGUUGGUGAGUUUGCGGUAACAAUUCGCAGGUGUUUGUUCGACAGGGUCUUAGAUGUUGAAUGAGGUAAUCCAGCCAAACAAGUGCUACAGGUCUCAUAUGUAUAUAUUUAAUGUAUGUUAGAUUUGAUGAAAUCAAGCUGUCCGAAGCUUCAGCAUGUGAUUGUGUUCCCCCCAAGUUUUGAAUCUGAUUUCUGAGAUUUAUUUAACAUUGUUUCCUCAAUCCAAGUGCACCUGACAUAAUGGGGAAUCUAGAAUUUUCUGAAAGCAUGAAUGGCAACAUGAUGGUUGUUGAAUGUAAGAUCAGUGAGGGACCUCUGUUAUUCAUUGUAAGCAGUUUUAGGCCUUUGUAUUUCCCUGUAUUAUUUUUGGUUGUAUUCAAUGGUUGUCUCUCAAAAGAAAUAAGACAGUAGUAAACAAACUGCCCCUCCUGUUGAAAUUAUAGUAUAUUUAGGGAGCAUCUGUUCAAGCAUCUGUUAUUAACUUUCUGGUCUUGUUCUUGGUUUUUAAAACAGGGAAAGAAAGUGCAUAAGAGAAAGACAAAAACUGCAGAAAGGUUCUGCUACAAACUGGUCUUGAAACUGAUUAUUCCUAAGUAAACUUUCGCAGCCAAUUACACAUUGUAUUUCCCAUGGGAAAGUGCCUUUUUUUUUUUUUUUUUUUCCAAUUUUUAACAAUAAAUUCUUUGGUCUAUAUGGGAAUAUUUUUAACAUAGGCAACUUUUUUAAAGGUGGAAAUCAUACACUAAAUUUAAUCAACAAUGAAGAUAAAAAAAUCCUUUAUUUUUUUGGGCCAAUAGGAUAAA